AUGGACAUAGACCAGUCCAACCACACCACCCUGGUCGACCAAUCGGCGGCGAACAUGGGGCAGGUCGGCGGCGUAGGCCUCCAGUUCACUGCCCCGGAAGUCAUUGCCGCCAACAUCAACUGCGCUUGCAUCGAGUACCGUGCCCGGAUCCAAGAGAUCGCCGACGCAGUCGGCUAUGCGCCGGCCACCGUCGCGCUCCAGCGCCUCGCCGACACUGCAGUCGACGAGGUUACCCAGCGCUCGGAUGAGUUCACCACCAUCAUCACCGACCAUGUGCCACCAUCCACGAUCCUACCGGACUCUAUUGGCCGCUAUCUCUCUCGCCUCGCCCUCAUGCAGCACGACGUUUGUGAUCAGCACAUCGAGGUGUUGAGGAAUCACGCCGCAGAUGUCGCCUCGGUCUUCAACUCGCCCAGUUUCUUGAACGGACCUCACAUCGCCCCGGCUCUCGAGUUCCAGUGUGACGAGCUUCUUGACAAGCUCUCUACUGCCCUUUUCUGGGUGCACACCGUCUCAAUGAGGGCAGUCGACCUGCUCAAGCUGUCGGCCAAGCCGCCCAAGGGCCAUGCCGAGCGAGACACCAACAACGUGAAACCUCAGCCUCGCACAGCUCUCGGCCGAUGCAAGCUAAGCAACAUCAACGGGAGGGGCUGCAAGACUCCUUGCGCUGGUCAUCCCCCUUCAGAAAUUGAAGAGGCCAAGCUCUCAGUAACGUGCAAGAAGCUGAAGUCCGACAAGUUGAAGCUCUACUCCCACAACAAGCAUGCAAGGAGGUACCUUGACGAGAUCCGACCACAGCUGGACACGGAGAUCGAAACCCUCCUGUCAAUCUUUCGCAGCUUCUACGACAUCGAUAAGGCCUUUAAGCGCCGCUUGGCGGAGGCGGGGGAGCAGGCGUCGGAGCCCAUGCCCCACACCAUGUCUGCCCAGACCGACGGCGAGGAGGGCAUCAAGGCCGAUGUGACCCAUCUCAACUUUGGUGCCGCAUCUUUGUUCCGCAAGACUCUUCGUGACGACAAGGUGGCAUUGAAGCGCAAGUGGGACGACACCGUCUUGGAUACCUCGGCGGACUUGGGCCUGUCGACCGAUGAUGAGCAGGAGGGCGUGAAGGGUCUUGGGCAUGCGGCGCCCGGUGGAGGGAGUCGCAAGCGCCGUAUGAUCGGUCCAAUAUGGACGUCGACACGCCGGGCCAUGAUGUCGUCCAACUCGUUCGCGAACACCGCCCAGGCCGCCGUUGCGCUCAAGAUCACCGGCGUCUGCACCACUUAUCGUGCCCAGCUGGAAGCGCUUGCCACCACUCUCGACCACGCGCCUGCCACAGCAGCUCUGCACCAGCUCGCCGACGCGGCGGUGACGGCACUCACCCAGCGCUCGGACGACUUUGCCGCCGUCAUCAACGGUCGCUUCUCGGCUCAAAACGACAACCCUCUCAUCAGAGCAUCUGGGUACGUCCGGCGGCUCAGGGACAUGCAGCAUCAUCUGUUCGCGGUACUCAAGAAGGCAUUGGAGAAGCACACUACGGCGGUCGACACGGCUUUCAAGUCCCUCAACGACUCGAAUCAGCUCCAUGACGUCUCGGUCCUCGAAUCGACGUGUGAGACACUCCUCGGAGACCUCAGUGCACACCUGGAGAAACUGCACGACGCUCAGUUGGCUCGGCUGUACGACCUGGAGAGCACGUACGCCAACAUUGGAACGCAGAAAGCGAAGGUUCGCAGGGUCGCCAAGGUUAUCCCUGUCACGAAUGGUAGUGCGAUCACCACGCUUGGCUGCGAGAUGAGCAAGAUUGUCGGCGCUGCUUGCGAUCCCCCCUGCGCCGGCCACACCCGCCAGGAACUGGAGGAAGCCCAUCUUUCGACAGCGAUGGUUGAGUUCACCAACUCGGCCGAGUUCAAGCAGAACGAUCAAAACGAAGCGGCCGCCGACUACCUUUCCAUUGUCUCUCGUCGCGUUGACGAGAGCAUCGACACGGUUUCGCACUGCUUCCAGACGUUCGGUGGUCAGCUGGCACAGCGAGAGGAGUCGUCCCGCGCCUGCACGCACACUAAGAAGACGAAGCACAACGCAGGCUCAGCAUACGUCCACGAGCUGAACCGCAUCCGCACUGUCGUCAAGAACCAAAUGCUCCGCAAGUUUGAGACGUGCCCUCGCCCGCCUGCCAAGUUUGACAUCGGGAUGGCUAUUGUCAUGGAUGUGCUGCACGGCUCACUGGAGAACAUUAUCCGCCGACAGUGGCCGAAGCUGAUCACCACCGACAAGGCAUACAAGCAGCGCCUCGAAGAGGAGAGCGCCAAGACAUCCAACCAAGCGUCGAGUUCAAACAAGGCACCUCCGGUCGAGCCGGCCGAUGGUCUUGAGGCGCUUCUGUCCGACCUCAACCUCAACGUCACCGAUCCAGCGGCUCCCAACACGGCAUCACCUGGUGAUGCGACCAGCUCGAAGCGCAAGUAUGAAGACGGCGACUCGAACAUGUCCGUCGAGGGCCCGGAGGACGACGACGACUGGGUUGACGAGAAUGCCAAGACUGCCAGCGACUCGGGUGGUAGGCCAAUGGUCACUCACAAGCGUCGCCUGAUGCGUUGA